AUGGCUUCUGUUGCAGAGGCCCGCCGAAGUCCUUUCUCCACCGAUCCUCACAAUCCCAACCUUCACAAGUCCAUACCCAUCCUGCCCUCGUCCGGCUCGACUCUGGCGCCCCCUCGCGACCCCAUGGACAUUACGCCCACGACGACGACGCCCACGACCACCACGACCACGUCAAUGGGCCCGCCCGCCAUCAACUGCCCGCCCACGACCGACCGCAACGGGACCGGCCCCUUCCACGCCCAGGCGCAAGCGCAAUCGCAGUCGCAAAGAGAAGGAAACACCGACUCGGGCAACACGUCGCCCAAUGGGAACUCCGCGCCCGCCGUCGGCGCUGCUGCCGCUGCUCAGCAGCCAAAGGUCGUGCAGACGGCCUUCAUCCACAAGCUGUACAACAUGCUCGAAGACCAGAGCAUCCAGCACCUCAUCUCGUGGGCGAGCACCAACGAGAGCUUCGUCAUGUCGCCCUCGAGCGAGUUCUCCAAAGUCCUGUCCUCUUAUUUCAAACACACCAACAUUUCCUCGUUUGUCCGCCAAUUAAACAUGUAUGGGUUCCACAAAGUGAGCGACGUCUUCCACACGGGCUCCCCAGACACGCCCUUGUGGGAGUUUAAGCACGGCAAUGGCAACUUCAAGCGUGGCGACUUGGUCGGCCUGCGCGAGAUCAAGCGACGUGCUUCGCGGCAUGCGCUCAUCCAUCGCGACUCCUUCUCCGCACCCAAGCUCCCCACCGGCCCGCCAGCUGGCCAGCCCGUCGAGCCAAUGCCCGACCCCACCGAGUCACGCCUCCAGAACCUCGAGCACAGUCUCUACGACAUGCACACGCGAAUGCAGCGGACAGAGGAAACGUGCUCGUAUCUCAAUCAAAAAAGCUUGGUGCUGGCAGAGGGCAUGAUGCGAUGUCACCAGUGGAACCACGACCUAGCAAAUUACAUCAUGGCCAUGGUGCCUGAUCCCGAAAACCCUAUCCACCGAGAUGUCGCCAUGAUGCAACGUGAAAUCAGUCGCCAGACCGAUAUGCUCCGGGCGCUCGAAGCACCAGAGGAGCCCCUCUCUGCACGGCAACCUUACUUUAUGCAAGUCGACAGCAACAACGGGCCACCUUUGUCACCUCGGCAAAUGCCACAGGACAAUGUAACAGAAUCAAGGCGAGGGUCCUUGGCGGGUAUCUCGCGGCAAGCGCCAUACAAGCCCCCUGUUCCGGCGCACCUAGCCAUUUCUCCGCGAAGAUACGGCUCAAUAGGCACCGGCAAUUACUCACCAUCUUCAUCUAGAACCCCAGCGUCGCACCAGCCACCCCCACCUCCGCCCCCUCCGCCAGCGCCGGCGCCGGCACCUCCUACGGUCCAGCAACCGGGAACGGGAGCUACAUUGGGAAGCAAUCUCGCUGCAAACAGCUCUUCCCCGCCCUAUAACCUGUAUAGGCGACACACAUCGGCAGAUAUUCGCACCCAUGGCUGGCAACCACAUCCGCCGCCCAAUGCCCCUCUCCACUCUCCUUAUGCAUCUGGCCACAACUCGACACAGUGGCCUUCUUCACCCCACCGCCCACCGGUUGGCGGCGGAGACCAACAGCUUCGUGAUGCUCUGGAAUCUUAUCAACUACCUCGCGGUCCCCGGCAGGUGCCAUCAAGACAUGGUACUCCGCCGGGGUCAAACGAUGCCGCGCCAUCCACACUAAGCGCUGAUAGCGGUUGGACCUUGCCCGGUGCCCGAUAUCCUUUCAAGGGCAUCGAUACGCCAGGGCCCCCUACAAGACGCUCCAGUAUGGCGUCCAAUGUGCACUCUCUACUCAACCCCGCCGAAACCGCAGAACGCGACGACGAAGAUGAUCCAGAUGAUGCACGCAAGCGAAAGCGUCUGCAGUAA